GUCGAUGUUUGUGUCGUGGUUUUUACUUACAUGUGUACACCAACAUCAUGCAUCAUGCCUGGCAGUGCGAUACAACACCCUAUAGCACAACGAAGGUUUCAUUUGGUCCCAAUUUACUCGAUUUUGAUCUAUAGGCCAUAUUGGCCAGUCUGUGUCUAGUGGUUACCCCCACCACGCGAACCUGAAAUUCGACUCAAUCUCAUCAUCUUAAUUCUUUCUUUAGGAUACAGCACUUGAUUCCCACUGCCCUGGGUUUUCCUGGGACGGGGACCGCUCGUCCUUCGACCUAGAUCUAGACAUGUGCCACAUGUUUCUGUCAAACCAUGUAUCCUGCAGGGUUGAUCUCGCGCCAAUACCAUGCGUUUACUCUUCUUUGCAGGAGGAGAGACUAUCCUGGCGAUCUUCGUGACGCCAAGAAACCUGAGCUCCUCCCUACUCCUCCUUUAUCAACUGCUGCGAAUAUCCUUGUCCUAUCUGUCGUUGCCGACUCCUCUCAGUUCCUCUCAGUUAUGAUUGAAUCAUCUCCUGAAGAUACUUUUCGGAGUGUCGUAGAGCACGUAUUUUUCCCUCCAAAGUUACCGCAGAGUACGGCUAGCGAUGACGAAGAGCGCAAUAUCGCUAUUGAACUCACAACUCUUGUCCGCCAAUCAGUCGAGGCUUACCGCGAGAAUAUCGUGGCAGAGUCAGAGAGAACCCAAUGGAGCCACAUCUAUAAGAUGGUGGAACAGCUAGCAAGCACCGCCCGGAAUACACUAUUGACAAAGGCACUCUCAAACCAUUUAUCCCAAAUGUUGAAUGGAGAUGUUUGCGCACUACACAUCCGCGCUCAAAACGCAGGCUUCAUCAUACGCAAGAGUGAGCAGAGUGCAGUGUUCGAGGCGUUCGGAGUAUCGCAAAAAAAUGAAGCUGUUAUCGACACUGUUGGCAAGCUCAUAUGUUCCUAUCCAGGUCCUGCGGUUGAGAUCCCGGAAGCUGUCUUCCUCGAUCCGGAUUUCCAGUACGAGCUUUCGUCGGUUCUGUCCCAAAUGGACGUAGAUCAUUUGGAACUUCCCACGACCAUCAAAGCUCGUUCUGAAGUCCAAAACAUCAGGGAAACAACUGACCCCAAACACAUUACUCACCUGCUCGUCGAGACGCUCCGCGCCAUGGGCAAAUGGGCAGAUGUGCGGAGAGUAACGAAACGAAUUGCGGACGAUGUCCUAUGGUACAAGGCGCACAAACCGUGGCGACGAUCGCCUCUCUGGCUUGUUAUUCGCGUAGCGCUACAAACGACGCUUGUGUCACAGCAGGAAUACAAGCGUUUCAUGGUAUUCCUGAUGUCGAGGGUAUUGAGGUUGGCUGUCACUCGGGAAUUUCCCAGUGACCUCUUGUUCACGAUGAGGGCGAAGGUUGCUCGGAGACUUGCAAAACUCUCCGAGUCUUCUACGCCCCCCUUCGUCAACACUAUCGUGAAGGAGGUCGUGGGAGAGACUGGGGUGUUAUUGGAGAAGCGAUGGGAUAGGGUCAAGCAGACGCAAGCUCAGUCACCGCCUUCCGACUUUUCAGGUGUUGACUUCAAAGCAGCGACAAAUAUCACACUGCCCAACUCCGGCCCAUAUAUCGAGAGUGUUUUGCAACGUAGCGCAGAACGUCCUUCCCCUUCCCCCUUUAUUCCGUCAGAACAGCUGCGUUCAAAGGACAUCAAGGAUUUCUCAUCCUGCACUGACGGCCAACUGCUAGACGCAGUCUCUCGCAAUGGCCGCUUCGCAUUAUUCGAUUUUGAAGAAAGCGUUCGAAACCACUUGGACAACUGGGCUAGGGAUAAACUUGCAGAUCCGAAGACUCCGAGAAUCAUGUCGUCCUGUAUAGAGCAGUACUAUGAUAGCGCCACGGAGCUUUACGCUUCCAACCCAGAAGACGAGUCCAUAAUGAUCGUCACGAUUUUGCGACUCUGGGUUGUCCUGGACAAGGCGGUUACCCAGCAGUAUCCAUUACUAGCAAAGUACUCUCCGGAGAUUCCAGCCUCAUUCCUCCAUCCCCUCCUCCUUCGACAGUCUACGCUGAUCGACCAAGCUAGUUCAGUGGAACAGUAUCUUAAGGAUCGUCACUCUGCUGCUACAAAGUACGAUCAUCCAUCGAUAUUCUCAAAUAGUGCAUCAGCGACCUCGUUCGCGGUCUCUUAUUUUGGAUUAUCGUGUGAACUGCAGAAGAUCAAAGUCGAUAUCGAGUCCGACGCACAGGAGAAACGUGCGAGGAAAGAAGAAGAGCUCAAGGAGCUGAACAAGCGGCAUGCUAGUUUGACCAACGAAGCGGCCAGACUUUCAUGCGAGUGGGAAUCGAGGAUUGCCUGGAAUGGCCCCUACAACGUGCAUUCCUGGUACUGCAGGAAGUGCAGUUUGGAAGCACAGGCUGGUAAUAUGUCGAUUUCCGUAUACGAAUGGCCUCUGCCAAGAGUUGAGGGCGAAGCGAAAAGGGUGGUCUUCGAGCUGGCUUGUCCGCUCGAGUUUAUCUUGUGGAGAAAUAUCACUUUUCGAAUUCUCAGCCUGUCUCCAUCCACGUCUCGGCCUAAGGAUGUCGCUAACGUGCAUAGAGAUUUGAUCAACUAUGCAGCUCUGCAGAGUUGGAUUCUGCAUGUCAACUUCAGACAUAUCGGCCUUUGUUCCGACCGACAGUCCUUCAAUGACUCAUAUCUCAAGCCACAGCAAAUUCCGGCCAACGUACACAAUGUUUGUGUAAACCAUGGCCCGGUCUACCGGUUAUACGAUCGAAACAGCAGAGAAUGGAUUAGAGAGCCCUUCCAUGACGCGAAUGUUGAAUCUUAUGGUACCUUCACUAUUCCCGAGACUAGCGUUUAUCGCUACCUAGAGCGCACUUUGGCGGCAACGACCCAUACGUCCAACGAGAUUCUCUCGGAACAGAGUCACUGCCCACCUUCGCUUUCGCUUCACGAACACAUAGCUUAUGGGACCCUGCGAGCCGGCGGUAACUUGCAAUGGAUGAACAUCGCCCGUGAGCUGGCUUCAAACUCAUUGACCUUCAAUCACGAGGAUGUGCAAUUGCUCUUACUCCAAGCUGCUUGGCAGUUAGGACCUCUAGCGGACGACAGAACACUGCGAGAAUGGCACCUCACCAUUCAUGAUGACGUCUUCUGCGAGGUUUUGCUCGACGUGCUGGAAAAGCUGCUAAACAGUGUGGAGUCUAACUGGAAAGAAUGUGCGACUGUGAGGAGUAUCAUUCUCCUAGCGGCUCGUGUCCUUUCUUCGCACUCGAACACCUGUGAGGUCGCCCAUCGAACAUACAAAUUACUACGAAAAGCCCGUCAUAGCACGUAUGAGUGGCUGAAGGACUUGCAAGAGGCUCUCCAGAGAACUACGGAGGAAGCACAAAUCUUCGCUUACUCUCAGCGAAUGUGUGCCGUUGCUGCGACCUGCCGAAGUACAUAUGAUGUUGAAAUAUUACAUCUGCCGUCAGUUUUGCAAACACGUACCGAUGUUUGUAUGGCGAUACAUUGCGCAGUCGUCAUCCACAACAACUGGCUGCAUGCCAUCAAAAAGGCUCCGGCCUAUCUACAGAGGCUUCUUCAUCGCGAUUGUAGACUGUCACACUUUCUGGAGCAACGCCUUCAUGCUCUCCUUCAAGGGACUUCCGCAGGUUUGGACCGUGCAAUUGGGAAUUUGUGGUCACGGUUCUUGGGAAAUGCGUCGACAUGGUCUCAACUUCCAGAGCCGAAUGAUCGUUGGUGGCAUUCCAGCAAUGAUUCGACUGGUGACGUACAUUGUAAUUUACUCACCGGGCAACUGUUGGUGAACGGAAAGCCCCUCGGACGACUUCCAAAGUCUUUCGUCACUCAUCCAACUUACGAACGGGUGUUCGGUCAGCAAAUAUUAGAAGUAAUACCUUCGAUACUACCGGCGAUGGAAUUUGCAACUCGUGAUCUGAUCGGCGACUAUGAAGUCCACUUCGCCAUGGCUAAACAACAAUUACUGAUACAAGCAAAGGAUCCUGAACAGGAUGCCAUCCUCGAGCUCAUACCCUAUCGUAUUCUCUCCCCAGACUUUCCCAAUGUCCUCAUUCCCGAAUAUUCUCAUUGGCUCAACCUCAAUACUGGUAUCAUGGAGUUUCGACCUCUGACGAGCAUGUGGAAGCCACAGGAGGACAUAUGGAGACUUUACUACAAGGAGGCGCCUCGGAGGAUGGUGCUUGGGUGCUCUUUGGGGGGCUCGCAUUUGAUUGACUUGCAUAGCCCUGCAUUCCAUAUGGCCGAAAUCUCAUUGCGCCCGCUUGACUCACAAAGACAUAUCAUCGCUACCUAUACUCCUUCGGGUGAUCCUGUUGUGGCUGUCGAGCUCCCGCGAUACAAGCUUUCGUUUUUCGUCAACAGUGGCCACCGACUGGAAUCUCGAGAUUUGCGUGGAAAGGUCAUUGAUGAAAAUCAAUCAUCUGGCACUAUGUUUGGAUUACGCAACCAACUAGUGUUACGCAAUAAGAAUGAACAAACUCGUGAUCAGCAUGGUUCUCGUCGAGUCAUCGUCCCCAUGGGCGAUGUGGUUAUCACAACUCGUCCCAUACACGUCUUGGUCUCCAUCAACACGGGAGUUGAUCCACACAUGUCUUAUCACAUAUUCACCAUAGACGAGGAUCUUGGCCGUCUCUGUGGAACGGGGAGUUUGACGAGCUGGUUCUAUCUGAUAUACCUUCAUUCAGUGACGAGCCAUUGUUUAGCUGAUCCACUCACUGGACAAACGGGAACUGAAGAAGCCCUCUACGCCUUGAGCAGUGCUCGGUCAUAUUCCGCGAUACGGUUGGAUGAGUCUGACAAUGAGAUCCUUUCUAGCAUUGCCAAGCUCACGCCCUCCCGUGAAUAUCACCCCACAGGUAGCCGGAUGAUGCAGACCGUUGGUUGGCACGACGCUCUGCCUUCGCUUUGUCAAAAUCAAGCAUUCAGAAUCAAAGUUCAUGACAUUCUUUCGCAUUUUGCCAAAUUCGAUAUGUUCUACGACCGUCCGUCAUGUCGCAAGCCACUUAACAUGGAGGAUAGCGACCUUCAUCGGCGUGCUUCGCACCGUAGCAAGGUUUAUUAUCGCGAUCACGUACUCGAGACUUCUGGCCACAAUGUUCAGGAUAUGGUUCAUGAACAUUACGCGCGGCAGAAGAGUUUUGUUUUCUCUACCGCUCGAUUGACUCAACGCAACACGGACACCCUGAUACACUGCUCGCAAUCGAUUUGGGAUAGCAUUUCCUCCUGGGGAAUGAUCGGCCUAGAACAGGAAGGUUACGAACUUGCGUCUCUUUCUUACAAUAGAAACUGGCUUUCCAUCAAGCUUGCUGAGGGCUGGAUCACAUUGCUCAGGCUUUGUCGUUUCAGAGACGCUUCGACAUCUCGCCGUCGGUACCAGCUUGCAUUCAGUUUGGCUGCAAUGGUGUUUGGCAACAGUACACUUCUACCCUUCGUUCCAAUUCUCGUUACACUUUCAAUGAGCCAAACGGCUUGUCAACGAAGUAUACCGCCAAUGUCUUCGUACGAUCUCCACUAUCGUUUUAGCCCCAACAGAGACUGUGUUCGAGAAUUAGUCAAGGACGCGGUUCUACCUUUCCAAAAUACUCCGGCAUUCCGUCUCACCAGGGGACCCCGGGAGGAUGAUCGGAGUCUCUCUGAGAGACAAAGGAGGAUGUUUGACAACAACACCACUGCGGCUGUUGAACACUUCACGACCUGCCUGCUGGCACAGUGGCCGAGCGUGUCACUCUCAAGCUCACCUGGAAAUUCCUCCUGGUUGGAUGUCGGUGCGGCCACAUCAAGUGUACAGAGGUAUUUCGUCCAUUGCUCAGAAAACAACCAGUUCAAGGAGUAUGUUGAGGGCUUGGACCGCGACAUAUAUGCUUUGGAUGGUCUUUCACGUGCAGAUGUCGAUCUCCUGGAGCCUAAUGACCAAGAUUGUGCCUUUCUGCCGAAUCGAACCUCCGUACAAGUCUUGGGGCAACUUCCGACGCUCAAGAGCAUACUUCAAAAGAAUUCCCCAACAGCAGAUCUCCUCGAACUACCUGCAUCCCAGUUCCCAACUUUCCAGUGGGCUGGUCAUCACAACGCAGCCAAAACCGGGGGACUCCAGCAUUUGCUAGAGAGUCUUUCACGAGGCGAUAAUGGUCUUCUGCAGAGGCGCUAUGUAGAUGGUUUGCACUCCAGCACAACCGCGCUUGCUUCGAGUGGCCGGAAGGCGUCAUUGACACUUCGGGAUUACGUUCAAGUUUGCGCAGGUCGACUCAACCACAGAUUACGUAGUUUGGAGGCGUGCUUAGCUCCAGUCGGCUUGCAUGACCACGUUCUUCGUGAAUCUUGUCUCUGGCCUCAAGUCACGAUCCGGUCGCUGCUGAAGUGCAUCAAUAGGUAUGCGCAGGACCAAGAUAUUCUGUCGCCCGAAUGGCGUCAAAGUAUCAUCAAUGUAGCUCAGAUUCUGGCUGAACUGCAACGUUCGCAACGACUCCUGGCGUAUCAUUUUCAGAAUAUGGAGAUCGAAUUCAUGAAGGAGUCACAGAACUCUAACUUUGAUACAAAUGAAGCCGUUCGCAAUCCAGAAUGGCUCUUGAUACAGGUGGAAGGCAACUUUCUCAUGAGACCUGAGCAGACCGAAAUUGCGCAUGAAAUGAUUGCACCUGAGUCGGGAAAUAGCACUUCGCUUCAACUGAACAUGGGUGAGGGCAAGUCAUCAGUCAUCCUUCCCAUCGUAGCAUCAACACUGGCACACGGCAAUACACUCGUGCGGGUUGUUAUACUGAAGCCAUUGGCAAGACAAAUGCACCGGCUUCUUGUCGAACGUCUAUCAGGGCUCUGCAAUCGACGAAUAUUCUACAUGCCAUUUUCCCGUAGCCUUCGUAUGGGUGUCAAGGAAAUUCAGCAGAUGCAAGAUCUGUAUGAGCAGUGCCUCAGUCAAUACGGGAUUCUCCUAAUCCAGCCCGAGCACAUUCUUUCUCUGAAGCUGAUGUCGGUAGAUCUCCUUACCUCGACGGAAGCCGGAGACAAUGCAGCCCUCGCUCUACACCGGACUCAAGAUUGGCUGAACGAAAACAGCCGUGAUAUCUUGGACGAAAGCGAUGAGCUAUUGCAUGUUCGCUAUCAACUCAUCUAUACAAUGGGUCACCAGCAGUCUAUCGAGAAUCACCCGGACAGGUGGGAGACUAUCCAAUGGGUUUUGUCUCUCACUCGCAAGCACGCAACGAGGCUACAUGAACAAUAUCCCGAUGAAGUGGAGGUGUUCAUGCAAGGAGCAGGAACGUUUCCAAUGAUUCGCAUCUUCGGUUCGCACGCCAGCCAAAAACUCAGUUGUUUGAUCUGUAAAGACGUGUUGAACAAUGAGAUUGAAGUCCCCAGUGCUUCAUUCGGUCUCAUUCAAUCUGAACCCAUGCGUGAUCUUCUUCGCGACUUCAUCAGAGGCACCCGGGAUCUCACUGAAGAGGAAUACGCCUCUCUCAAUGCUAGUAAUCGGACGACUUGGUCCGGGCUGCUUUUACUCCGUGGCUUACUGGCAUGUGGUGCCGGGAUUUUGCGGUAUGCUCUGUCAGAGCGUCGCUGGAAGGUUGACUACGGACAUGACUUUCGUCGGUCCCUUUUAGCCGUUCCUUACCGUGCUAAGGAUGUCCCAAGCCUCCGCGCUGAGUUCGGACAUCCUGAUGUCGCAAUCGUACUCACUUGCUUGAGCUACUACUAUGCGGGACUGGAUUCAGAUCAGCUCCGUCAAUGUUUCGAGCUUCUAUCAAAGCAGGACAAUCCUGAUCGUGAAUAUGAAAAAUGGACGCAAGAACAUGGCGACAUCCACGAAUCCUUGAGAACCCUACGUGGCGUAAAUCUCGAUGACGCAGAACAAUUCCAAGAGCUUGUGGCCUUGUUCUCUAAGAAUUCUGCCGUAGCGAACUUCUACAUGUCCCAAGUGGUGUUCCCGAAGGAAGCCAAAGAAUUUCCGCACAAGCUCUCUACCUCCAGCUGGGAUCUCGUUGAAAAGAAGAAGCAUGUCACAACAGGCUUUAGCGGAACAAACGAUAACCAAUUCUUGCUUCCCUCUUCCAUCUCGCAGCUCAACCGGCCUGAUCAGGAAAGCACCAAUGCUCGAAAUAUUCAAUUUCUUCUGCAGCCGGAGAAUAGCACCUAUGUGCCUCUACAAGAACAUGACAUGCCAUCACAUUCGACUCAGAAUUUCUUAAGUUUCUUGACGAGGGAUUAUCCCGGAGUACGGAUUCUUUUGGAUGUUGGGGCCCAGAUGCUCGAGUACAGCAACUACAGUCUCGUGGGGGCCUGGUUGUCUCUGCGCCCAGAGAUACCCGCGGGUGUUUUCUUCAGCGAGUUAGAUGACCUCACGGUUCUUACGCAAGAUGGAAGGGUCAUUCCUUUGCAUAGUUCCCCCUUCCAGCAGCAACUCGACGAGUGUAUCGUGUACCUGGACGAUGCUCACACCCGGGGCACAGAUCUCAAACUUCCUCACGAUGCUCGAGCCAUAGUGACAUUAGGGCCGAAAGUCACGAAAGAUCGACUGCUACAAGGGUGUAUGCGAAUGCGAAAGUUGGGUCAUGGACAAUCUGUCAUGUUCUGUGCACCGCCGGAAGUUGACCGUCGCAUUCGUGAAGUCAAUGAACUUCAGCAUGACGUCCCCAUCGAAGUCGCGAAUAUUCUACGCUGGACCAUUCAGGAAACGCUUGCCGAUAUCGAACACCACCUUCCACAAUGGGCUCAACAAGGAUUAGACCACGCUGAACGAGUAUUUGCGCGCGAGGAAUACUCCAUGACGGGAGAUGUUGCCACACUCAGAGAUGCUUGGGUACAAAAAGAGGCCAAAUCUCUGGAAGAGCUCUAUGGCCGCAAGACAUCUACUUCGAAUACGGAACACCCUGCGUUCCAGAACACUGUCAUUGGCGAACAUUUGAGAUCGCUCGGUGUAACGUCACUCUCCAAUUCCGGUAUGAGCGAAGAGCAAGAGCGCGAAGUUAGCCAAGAACUGGAACAGGAACGUGAGGUCGAGCGUCCACCAAAGGUGACGCCAGCGAAACAUCAAGUACAUCGAGAUGUACGACAGUUUGUGCGAUCUGGGUCGAUACCAGACUCUUCCGACCAGUUCAUCACCAUUGUGCGCAUGUUCCCGCCUCAAGAAACACUCUCGAAAUGGUCUCGCAAUAGUAUCUUUUUGACUUGCGACUUUAUUCGCACCAUCGUACCAGCCCCUCAGGACCCUCGUAUCAACGACUACAUGCGACCCGUGAACUGGAUCAUCUCUGCCGGCAACGAUGGCAUGAGCUCCCCCGUCUUUGUCGUGAUGAGUCCCUUCGAGGUCAAUCAUCUUCUCCCUAUGAUACGUCAAAGCAAAGCUGUUCGAUUGCAUAUUUACUCUCCUCGUGUGACGAAAGCUAUGCGUUCCUUCUCCAAUCUCACCUUUUACACGAUACCAUCAAUGCCUGUGGUGGAACCUCCCUCCGUGCAAAUCCAGGCUCAACUCGGCAUUUGGGCCGGUCAGCUGUACGUUGAUGGCAGGGAGAUGUAUGAUGAAACCAAACGCUUGCUUGGGAUCGACGGAAACCAAAGUGAUGAAGGUGCAUUGCCAGUGGACAUAGUCAAGCGUUUGGUAAGCUUGAGACGAAAGGCGAUGGGUUACUCAGGGACGCAUAUCGGGAAGAUACUCCACUUCCACCCCUUAUCUGAAGCCGAUUUUCACUAGCCAUAUCAUUGAAAUCCUAGACACGAGAAGCUCUGAGCCCUGUUUUUACCCCGUAUUCUCUGUUUCAUUUUUUUCUUCCUCUUGAUAUCGCCCCUCGGUUCCUUCUGUACGUAUCGAACAAUAUGGUUCUAAGAAUGCUAGCUAUCUUUCUCAGUCUCAGAGGAGAGUUAGUAGAGAUAUAAGUAAACUACAGGAGCGUCUGUCGAACGACGAACAUCACCCAAGUCAGACAUGCGCAUGGGCUUGUCGUUGAAGACUUUCAAGGACAGCGGCUAUGCGGACCUUCACUUCGUCACGUCAAGCUUCACUACUAGUACUUACCUCCUACACAACUUCUCGCUGCAACACACUCUCCAAAGAAUCAGAAAUAAGUAGUAUUAUACUAAAAUCGCUUAUGACAAAACAAUCGCGAGCGAAAAGCGUACAAAUACACCGUAUACUCGUACUCGAUACAUAAGUGUGACCGACUGCUAGUAGUACUCAAUGCAAAAAAUUCGUAUGUAGCUUGUGAGAAAGUCAAGAGUCAUUAAAGCAA